AUGGGACGCCCGUGUCUGCUCUUGGUUGUCAUUCUGUCUUUACUCACCUGCCAGGUUUUGUGCUCUGGCGUGUUUGAGCUGAAGCUGCAGGAGUUUCUCAACAAGAAGGGGAUAGAGGGGAACGCCAACUGUUGCCCAGGAGGCUCUGCGCAUCCACAGGGUCACCAGCAGUGCGAGUGUAAAACCUUCUUUCGGAUCUGCCUGAAACAUUACCAGGCCAGCGUCUCCCCCGAACCCCCCUGCACCUACGGCGGGGCUGUGACUCCAGUCCUCGGCUCCAACUCCUUCCAGGUGCCGGAGACCAACGCGGACAGUUUCACCAACCCGAUCCGCUUUUCUUUCAGCUUCACGUGGCCAGGGACGUUUUCACUGAUCAUUGAAGCUCUGCACACCGACUCCCUGGACGACCUGACAACAGACAACCCGGAGCGUUUGAUCAGCAGGAUUACAACUCAGCGUCAUCUCACUGUGGGAGAAGAAUGGACCAAGGACAUGCAAACAGCUGGCAGGACAGAGCUACGAUUCUCUUACCGCUUCCUAUGUGAUGAGCACUAUUAUGGAGACGGAUGCUCCGUCUUCUGUCGACCCAGAGAUGAUGCGUUUGGACAUUUCACCUGUGGAGAGCGUGGAGAGAUCAUAUGCAACUCUGGCUGGAAGGGGCAGUACUGCACUGAGCCAAUCUGCCUUCCUGGAUGUGAUGAAGAGCACGGCUUCUGUGAUAAACCAGGAGAGUGCAAGUGUCGUGUGGGCUUCAGUGGGCGUUACUGUGAUGACUGCAUUCGUUACCCAGGCUGCCUCCACGGCACCUGCCAACAGCCUUGGCAGUGCAACUGUCAGGAGGGGUGGGGGGGCCUCUUCUGCAAUCAAGAUCUGAACUACUGCACACAUCAUAAGCCCUGUCUUAAUGGAGCCACCUGCACCAACACUGGCCAGGGGAGUUACACUUGCUCCUGCCCACCUGGAUACACAGGUGCUAAUUGUGAAAUCCAAGUCAACGAAUGUUCUGGAAAUCCAUGUCGCAACGGAGGAAGCUGCAUUGAUGGCAACAAUGGCUACAAGUGCACCUGCCCACCUGGUUUCUAUGGCAACAACUGUGAGUUAAGUGCCAAUACAUGUGCAGAUGGGCCUUGUCUCAACAGUGGGCGUUGCCUGGAUAACCCUGAAGGUGGCUACUUUUGUCAAUGCACAAUGGGAUAUGCUGGUUUCAAUUGUGAGAAGAAAAUUGACCACUGCACUUCAAAUCCAUGUUUGAAUGGUGCAGAGUGUGUUGAUCUGGUGAACUCCUACCUCUGUGAGUGCGCUGAAGGAUUUUCCGGUCCUAACUGUGAGGUCACCAGUGGUUUUUAUAGAUACUGUCAGUCUUUCCCUUGUCACAAUGGUGGGACAUGUCAGGAGGAAGGGAAUGGCUACACGUGUACUUGUCCCCCAGGUUAUACUGGCAAAAACUGCAGUACCCCCAUCUCUCGCUGCCACCACAACCCCUGCCACAAUGGUGCCACAUGUCACGAACGUGGCAGCCGCUACAUAUGCGCCUGUGUGCCUGGCUAUGGAGGUCAUAACUGCCAGUUUCUCUUACCAGAGAUCCCCCGGGGUUCUCAACCAGUUGUGGAUGGACCAGAUCGACGAUUUAUGUCAUUAGAAAAUGAAAAUGCUGAAGACAACCAGGAUGAUGACAACGGAUUUCCUUGGACAGCUGUUUGCGCUGGCGUUUUCCUCGCACUUGUGAUUUUGAUCAGCUGCUCUGUGCUGGUUGUCUAUGUUCGAGUGAAACUGCAAGACCGACACAGUCACCACAGCGAAAGUGUUCACAGCGACAGCCAAGAAACUAUGAAUAACCUCACAACCAACAACUGUCUCAGAAAUGACAAAGAUCUUGGUAGUAUGAUGACAACGUCAAUUAAAAACACCAACAAAAAGGCAGAUUACCAUUCAGAACUUACUGGGUCACUUGGUGGUCUGAGUGGAAUUGCCAGCCUCAACGGAUCAGAAAAGAAUGGCUUUAAGUCUCGUUAUUCCAGUGUUGAGUACAACCUAGUUCAUGAGCUCCGGCCUGAGGAGUUAUCCCCAUGUACAGAAGAGGAGCAUCAUGAGUUGGAGGCCAAAUGUGAAGUACUGGAUGAGUCCAGCACAGAAGAAGGGUUCAGGAAGAGACAAAACAGUGAUGCAUCAGAACAAACGCCAUCAGCAGAGUCACUAAGCUGCAGCGAAGCAAAAUAUCAGUCGUCCACUGAGAUAAACACUCCAGCAGCUUGUGAUUCUCAGUACCAGCCAAAUUGUGAAGUUAAAUUUCAGUCAAGCACUGAUGGUGAAUACCACAGUCCGAAUGACACCCGGUACCCAUGUACCACUGACACCAAAUACCAGUCCGUCUACGUCAUUUCAGACCAGAAAGAUGAAUGCAUCAUCGCCACAGAGGUAUGAUGGCAGUUUCAUGUGGCUGAUGGCGGUCCACACACACCAACCCUGAGCAGUAGAGCUCAGUUUGUUUCUGGGAGGUUUUACUCCUGCUGUUUGCUGCUCUUC